UCGCGCCUCCGGGUCCUAGCGCCGGCCCACCGCCCGCAGCCCACCCUGCCCACCUCUGCCUCUACCGGUGCCCGGCACCUGCCCCCACGUCUGCUUGCCUUUAUCUCUCUCUUCGCCUGCUGUCCUCUAGCUUCCGCCCCUCCUGCACCUGCCCAGGGCUUUCCCCGUCCGCAACAGCCCUCUCCACGUGUUUCCCACGCACCCCACUUCUGUGCCCCCCUCCCACCCCCCUUGUUCCUUCGCCUUCUGCCCCGCACCUCCUGCUCCGUUACGGCGUUUGGGCCUGCGGGUUGCAGUGCUACUGGACCCCCGCCCCCUCCGCUUUAGUUCGUCGGUCCAUCCAUCUAUCCAUCCUCCCUUCCUCCCUCCUUUCGUCCAUCCAUCCCUCUGUGCCUCCAACCCUCAGUCCUCUCCCGGGCCUCUUGCCCUGCCUCUUGGCUCUCUCCCCUGACACCCACCUUCUCUAGGCCCCCGAGUGCCUUUGGUAAGCUGGCUGACAGCCCCUUCUGCUGAUCUUUGUCUCCUGGGCCCCAGGGGGCACCUGGCCUCGUGGCCUUUGGGGUGACAGCAGGCAUCACAGCCCUGAAGAAGUUUGCAAGUGAGAAGAGGUGGAGGAGGAGACCGCAUGGAGCCGUCUCUGAUGACACUUGUUCUCCUCUGAGACAUCCGACUCCCAGCUCAGCUCUGCCCAUCACUGCAUUUUAAGGGACUUAAGAGUGGGAGCUGCCCCUUGUCUCUUGCCUGCCUAACCCACUACCCCUCGUAUACAGAGAUUAUGUAAGACUGUCAGUGAAACUUCUCAUCCUAGAAAGGGGCAAAUCUGUUGGGGCUGAGUUGGAGGAGAGUAACAAAAACACGAAGAAGUUGGAUGCCAUGACCCUCAUUAAAGAAGACAUGUCCAUCUUCGGGCACUGCCCUGCCCAUGACGACUUCUAUUUGGUUGUGUGUAACCACUGCAGCCAAGUGGUGAAGCCUCAAGCUUUCCAGAAGCACUGCGAAAGAAGACAUGGGCCCCUCAGCAAGCUUUAUGCCCGGGCCCCACCCCCACCUCCAGCCCCUGCCAGCUCUCAGAAAUGCCAUGUAGUGAAUGGGCAGGGCCCAGCUUGUAGGGCCCCAGGUUCCACCAAAACCUCCUCCAGGGAGAAGGGCCAGGGGUCCCGGAGCCGUGGCCACCAGCCUCCUGAGAAGACACAGAAGGACAACCUCUGCCUUUUCGUGCCUGUGGUGAAUCUGGAGAAGAUGUCCAGUCUCCCGAAGCCCGAUGGACAUGGAAUCAGGGUGGCCCCGCCCUCUGCUUUCCUCAGCCAGCCUGGUGGCCUCACCAAGGACUCCCCUGGAAAAACUCCCAUGGCACCCCCUUCUAAAGAACCUCCUGGGAGAGAGAGCAUCGAGAUGACCCCCAGUGAGGGCCCCAGUCACCGGGCUGAAGGCAGCCCCCCUGAAAAGGAGCCUGGUGGGGCCAGGCUGACCCACAAAACCCACCGGAAGAUGGCCCGGAAGGAGUGCGACCUCAACAGGCAGUGUGGGGUAAUAAACCCAGAGACCAAAAAGAUCUGUACCCGGCUGCUGACCUGCAAGAUCCACUCGGUGCACCAGCGCCGGGAGGUCCAGGGCAGAGCCAAGGACUUUGACGUGCUAGUGGCAGAGCUGAAGGCCAAUUCCCGCAAAGGGGAGUCUCCCAAAGAGAAGAGCCCAGGGCGCAAGGAGCCGGCUCUUGAGCGCCCCUCCCAGGAGCACCCCUCCUCAGGCCAGGCUGUGGCAGCGGCCGCCCCCAGCAGCACCUUCUCUGCUCGUGCCAAGCAGACCUACCCGUACUGUGCACUGCCCAGGUCCCGGGCCUCCUCUGAGAGUGAGUUGGAUGAUGAAGGCCCCUGUGGUGGUGAUGGGGACCCAGGCCUGUUCCCCUUUCCCCUGCCCCGGGGUGGGGCCCAGGCCUCCAGCGAGGAGAGUGAGGAGGAGGGGACAUCUGAGGACCUCCACCUCCCCCCUGACUGCCAUUAUGCAACCCGGCCCCCGCGGCCACAGGCGUUCUGCACCUUUGGGAGCCGGCUGGUGAGUCCAGGAUGCUACGUGUUUAGCCGCCGGCUGGACCGGUUCUGCUCAGCACUGAGCUCCAUGCUGGAGCGGCACCUCAGCUCUCACAUGUGGAAGAAGAUCCCACCGGCAGCGGAACCUCCAUCCCACCCUGUCAGCUCCCCACUCUCUGCUCCCCUGAGCCCAUCCUCUACGGGCAGCUGCCCCCGCCUCCCAGGCCCACCCCCCAGACCUGCCUGCCCAGCCUCCACGUCCCCCGCCAAGGACAGCCUGGUCCCCAGCUACCCUGCCGGCUCCCCCAGUGUGGCAGCCGCCUGCAGCCAGGCAGAGUGCACGGGCGGGAGCCAGGCCAUCACCUCACCACUGCCUGCCAACACGCCGUCCCCAUCCUUCAGCAAACUCCCACCAUCGAAGGCUAGCAAGUCAUCCAAAGGCAAGGACGGGCCCGAGGCGGAGGCCCCUUCUCGAAAGCGAAAGUUAUCCCCAGGCCCCACCACUUUCAAACGGACCUGCAUCCUGGAGCCCUCUGGCAAAGGCAAACCCUCCGGCUGCCGAGGCCUCUCGGCCAAGACUAAAACAGCCCUGGGCGUGGGGCUUAAUGGGACGGUGGGGCCAAGAGUGAAGCGGGCAGGGCCGCUGGACUGUCGGGCUUCCCCUCAUCAGGCCCCUGCACCCGUCAAGGCUUCUCAGCUGGACAACCGGGGAGCGGCUGGACACCCAGCCAAGGCCCUGCCAACCAAUUGCCUCUCUGAGGAGGAGGUAGCCAAGAAGCGGAAAAACCUGGCCACUUACUGCCGGCCGGUGAAGGCCAAGCACUGCCAGGCCGGCACCCCUGCCGAUGCGGCCUGCCCCGUGCGCCGCAAGAAGCCGGGUCCUGCCGUGGCCUUUGAGGAGAAGUGUUCCACACUGAAGGAACUGGAGCUCCCUCUGUCCCCGAAGGAAAGGAAGUUGGACUUCAUGAACUCUGAUGGGAAAGUCUAAAGCCCAUUAACAAGAAAGUGCCUGCCCACUGCGAUGGAGCCGCCAGCACCUCCUCCCCUCCAGAUCCGGGCCCCAGGCUGCUGCCGCUUUUUAUAACUUUAUAUUAUUUUUUUUAAGAAAAAAAACUCUUUAAAAUACCUCAAGACUG